CGCCGUAAAAAUUCCUCCUGCAAGAAGAGGAAGAAACAACAAACCUAAACAGUGGGUUGUGUGGUUAAAUACGCUAUUCUCCGGAGAUGCAGUAGAAAGCGAACGGUUGCAAAUAUGAGCAUACCGAGAAUAAUGGUCUUCCGGCCAACCUGGGAAGAGUUCCAGGACUUUCCGGCCUACAUUGACUACAUGGAAUCGAAGGGCGCCCACAAGGCUGGUCUGGUGAAGGUUGUGCCGCCUCCGGAGUGGAUUCCACGCAAGCAAGGAUACGAUAUAAAAGAUAUCAAUGUGAACAUUCGUACACCCAUCUCGCAGGUUGUGUCGGGUAGGCAGGGUCUGUAUCAGCAGCUAAACAUCCAGAAGCGUGCGAUGACGGUACAGGAGUUUUACGAGAAAACGCAGGAAGAGCGUCACGCAACACCGAAACACUUUGACUAUGCGGAUAUUGAGAAGAAAUUUUGGAAAAACAUAACGUACGUCGCACCCAUAUACGCUGCAGACGUCCCGGGCAGCUUGACCGAUCCGGACGUGAAGGUGUGGAACAUUAACUGUCUCGGAACCAUACUGGACUACGUUAAUGCGGAUUACAACAUUUCGAUCGCGGGUGUAAACACGGCCUAUCUGUACUUUGGCAUGUGGAAAACCACGUUCGCCUGGCACACCGAGGAUAUGGAUCUGUACUCGAUAAAUUAUCUACACUUUGGGGCACCCAAGACGUGGUACGCGAUUCCACCCGAACAUGGUCGCAAACUGGAGAAGCUGGCAGAACGUAUGUUUCCGGCAAACUAUCAGGAGUGUAAAGCGUUCCUGCGCCACAAGAUGACGCUGAUUAGUACGCAGGUGUUGAAAGCGUACGGGAUACCGUUUAACAAGAUUACCCAGGAACCGGGCGAAAUCAUGAUUACCUUUCCGUACGGGUAUCAUGCCGGGUUUAACCAUGGGUUUAACUGUGCGGAAUCGACCAAUUUUGCCACCGAACGAUGGAUUGAGUAUGGGAAGCGGGCGUCGGUGUGUAACUGUCGGCCCGAUAUGGUAAAAAUUUCGAUGGAAACGUUUGUACGUCGGUUCCAGCCGGAUGUUUACGAGCAAUGGUUGCGGGGAGAGGAAUAUGGGUACCAUCCGGAGGAUCCGAACACCUUGUGCCUGGCGCCGAAACCGAUGUUGCCGAAAAACUUUAAAAGAUCUACCGAUACGACCGUUCCACAGAAGCGUGGAUGUGCGCCACUGAAAAUGGAAAAGAAAAAGGUAGCGAAAAAGACGAGUGAAAAGGCGAAGGAUAGACUGAAAUCCGUGUGGAGCAAGCUGGAGGGCAGGGAGUGCGGUGUCGCGACCGAUCUGCUUAUCGAUGGACCAGUGAAAAGUGGCGCCAAACUGACUGAUCGCUUCCACACGCGUACCAUCGAUCUGAUCACCGAUAAUGCCGUCUAAAG